AUGGAAGGAUUCUUAAAUCAAACGAAAGAAUUCGUAACAUGGAUACAACAAAAUGAACGUGAAUUUUUUGAUGCGAUUAUGAAACUUUAUUGUGUUUUUCCUUUAAUUUUUUUGAGUUCGACGCUCUUUGUAACUGCUCCUUAUGCUCCGAGUAUUUCACCAAUGCAUAUAUCAACCGUGUUUAGUGGUAUAUUUUUUAAUAUUAUUAACGGAUAUACUAAUUCACGUUGGAUCUCAGUUUUUGGUAGAGAUAAUUACCUUUAUAAUGAAAAUCAUCAAGAAAUUUAUAAAUCUCCAAGAUUUAUUUUUGGUGUUAUUAUUUUUUUAGUAGGAAUGAUGAUUAAUGUUCAUCAUGAUAAUAUUUUAUUUUCAUUACGAAGAAAUCCUGAUAAUUCUAUCUCUAAAUCAGAAUCUAUUAAAGCAUCAACUAGUACAAAUCAUUCUAGUAAAUAUAAAAUUCCAAACGGUGGAUUAUUUAAUUAUAUAACAAGUCCAAAUUAUUUUGGUGAAAUAAUUGAAUGGGCCGGCUUCGCGAUUGCGGCUUGGUUUAGUUUACCUGCAGUAAUUUUCUUGAUAGCUACAUUCUCCAAUCUUGUACCGAGAUCGUUAA